CCCGCGCACUAUUUUUAUUCAACCCCUUUACACGCUCGCCCGAGUUCUAUUAUCCCGCUUGUUAUCGUUUCUUGUUUACUUUAGGCUUGCCUAUUGACAAACCUUGGCAAACCUUGUGCCCGGAUCGACUGCUGCACCAUAAUACUGUAUACACUUACAACAGUUGCCUAAAAUAUGCACAAGCGCUCUACCGAUCAAAAAUGGCGUCGUCGAAUAGAUAAGGAGUCUAUGGUAACUGAAAUAAUAGCUGCCGUUCGGCUUUAUGCUCCAAAACUGAAGGAACGACUCUUAAGAGAAGUGGUAAGAAUACACAGCAAAUCUAAACAGCCAUUGCCAUUUGCAGCUCGGAAUUGUGUGCUUGGAGUUACAACAUCUCUACGGAUUACUGGCUGUGACCUAGUUAAUAGCAGAGAUCGGAUGAGCUUUAAUCCACGGAUCACCGGGGGAUUAGCAAAAGGACCUUCAAAUCCAACUUUCCAACAAAAGACUUCGUAUGACCGGAUCUUUUGCACCGGUAUAAUAUAGCAUUAAAAAGUAUUGUGGGCUGGUUUUAAAAACCAAGGUCUGCUCACCAUCUUACGUACAUAGUGUCUAGUAUUCAGUACUAGUAGAACAUGGAAUCUUAGAACAGGAACCUCUACCCGUCUUCCUAGACUGAAACAGGCUGACAUUUAUCCUGGGCACGAGUUAAUGAGCUUAAACCGUUAAAAUGAUUUCGGUUGCAAAACACUGAAAGAUGAGCGAAGCUCCGGGAUCUCCACUUAGUCUGAAACAAUCAGGCCCCUGGAACAGCAUGAGCCUAUCUCGCCUUACAUUCGCCGGUAAGGACCAAGGCAUCACAAAGUCCCUAGCUGCCCUGGGGAUUCUUAGUCUCCUCUCCAUGCUCCUAGGUGGCCUGUCCGUUCUUCUCAUCAUCCAGCUCAGCAUCAGGCAAGAUAACCCACCGACGACCGAGGCAGCGUCUAAGCGGAUCGGAGGAGUGAUUUGGACGGAGAGGUUUCUGGAGUCUAGCGUGGUGCUUGCCUGCCUGUGUGCCAUGCUGUGCUUCGGUAGUCUUGUUUCGUGUACCGCUCAGUGCUACUUCGCUGCUAAGAUGCUGAAACUGCCACAGGGAGAAGAGAGAGCCCAUCGGUUUCUGGGAGAUACAUCGGGGACAAGAUUUCUCGCUGUCAGCUCGUUCUUCACCGCAAUACCAGUAUUCAUUGCAGCUUUGACUUUAUACGUCAUUCACGAGUUUAGUCUGGUGCCUGCCGCUCUGUCAACGUCUUUCCUCGGCCUCGGCCUCAUCUUCAUGUUUACCACCUUUGGUCGCAGCGUCUGGCUGUGGAGGAGGGAACACGACCUCAUCAUUCGCGGCGUGGGUGUCUUCGAAUACAACGGCACGUCAGCCAUCAGCAGCCUCGACGGGAGGGCGCCCUUUACCUUCACCAAUAACGUCAGCACGGAGGCAGAGGCGACUCGAAACCAGUCUACCGAUAAUAACUUAUCAACUUUGGUGUAAACACGAUCGGUGACUGAUGAACAGUGAAGCGAAAUAAUUACUUUGAAAUAUCGAGAGAAUGUAGUGACGUUUGCUGUAAACUGAUGAUGUAUCUCCAUGGUAACGCCUUGCAGGUGAAUCGCCCUGCGCCAUGCGAAGUCUGCUUAUCAUCGAGAUUUUAUGACCGAAAACUGGUUGUCACGUUUACUGAACGUUUUUAUCUGCUUGGCUUCACACAUGUAGUAUCGUUUUAUUAGCUGCCAUUCCUGUGAACUGUUGUGGGGCACUUUAGGCUAAUUGUCAUUUUGAUGAAAUAUUCAUGAUUACAAUUCUCCACAGGAUAUCCCUACAGGCACGCAUUUCAGUCUUGUAUAUCGUCAUCAAAGCCCAUAACUGUUUAAGAGGUUCUGUUGUGUCUAUAGAAGUACAAAGUAACCGAGCAGUAGAUGUAAAACACUUCGGACGAGAUAGCUCGCUAUCGGCAUUGGUUGAGUUCCGAAGAAAGAGUUUUUAGAGGAAUUCCAACAUAAUGUGGAAAUAUUAAACACGAGAAGUUGAAAUGUCCAGAUGUAAACAAUUCAAAAAGACAGUAGCAUGUGUAGCUAAGGUGAUCUAUACCACGUUUGUGGGAAAGGUUCUUUCGUUCAAACUCAACGAACAACCUGGCCGCGAAUAAAACAUUAAGGGAAAUAAAUAUGUACUUGGCCUGUUUUAAACGAGUACAUUUAAAGCCGGUUAGGGGCUGGACCGGCUAAUGACCUGACCCGAAGGCUGUCAUACCGCUUCGCCCAACAUUGAAUCGGUUUCAAGUUUAUUUAAAGCCAAACGUGUAUGUAAAUACAGAGGAAAAAGACUAACGAACUCACCCAACAUAGUUAUUAAUUUAACUAUCGAAUGAGAUAUACAUUGUAAGUGAAUUUGCUUUUAUCUUGCAUCGUUCAGUAACUAAAGUUCCAAUCAAAGAGCAUUGUAUUUGCUGGUGAUACGGUAAAUCAUCCCUGAACAUGACGGCGAGGAAUUACGUCAUAUUUUGCUGUAUAUUUCCAAUAGCACUGGUAAAUGUUACAGGUUCAUUAUCACCUACUUAUCAGCGACAUCAAAGUUGUGUUUUAUAAAUGUUACCCAAGUUCAUCUGUACAUUAACAAAUGGGGUUUAUUUUAAGAAUUGUGUUGAUACUGUGAAUACCACUCGGUGAAUGUUCUUUGUUAAAUACUGCCCUCGUAGCGUCCAGUGUUUUGGGAUGAAGACGUAAUACGUACACAAAUCGGUCAGGCCCGUUUGACUAAAUAGUUAUUACCGUCAAAAUAUCUCAAGAUAUUAAGGACAGAACUUUUAUCACAAUGUAUCGAAAUUGAAAAAGGUGUUUUCUCGAAAUAAAUGCCGUCAACAUUU